ACCCACCCCCAGGGUGCCCAUGUACUUUCCUCUAUGCUGGUCAUCUCUCUUCUUCUCAUCAUCAUCGUUCUCCCAACAGUAUACUUCCUAAGGUUUAGGAACCACAGGAAGGUUCUUGUCACCUCAGUUGAUAAGAAGAUUCCAAAUGGCUUCUUGGAAGAUCAAGGAGAGCAGACAGUGGUCCUCCUCCCACGAUCCCCAUCUCCAUCCAAGCAUUACUUCCCCAUCCCCCUGGACUCGCUAGAAGACCAGUUCCGGAUAUGCUCGGCAGACGACUGCAAGCUUUUCAGAGAGGAGUUCAAUUCACUGCCCUGUGGCUACCAGCACAGCUCCUUUGAGGAGGCUAGCAGGGUAAUCAACAGGGACAAGAACAGAUAUCCAAACAUCCUACCAUAUGACCAUUCCAGAGUGUUGUUAACUCAAAUCGAUGGUUAUUCUUGUACGGACUACAUAAAUGCCUCAUACAUAGAUGGUUAUAAAGAGAAGAACAAAUUCAUUGCAGCUCAAGGCCCAAUGCACGACACUGUGGCAGACUUUUGGCGGAUGGUCUGGGAACAGAAGACUGCUACUAUAGUGAUGCUCACUAACCUGAAAGAGAGAAAAGAGGACAAGUGUUACCAGUACUGGCCAGACCAGGGCUGUUGGAUGUAUGGGAACGUGAGGGUGGCAGCAGAGGACUUUACUGUACUGGUGGACUACACCAUGCGCAAGUUCUGUGUACAAUAUCAGGGGAGUGACGGCCCCAGGGCCCCCUGCCUGGUCACCCAGCUCCACUUCACCAACUGGCCAGACUUUGGGGUGCCUUUCUCCCCCAUCGGCAUGCUCAAGUUCCUCAAGAAGGUGAAGACGGUCAACCCUUCCUAUGCAGGACCCAUCGUGGUGCACUGCAGUGCUGGCGUAGGAAGGACUGGAACGUUUAUCGUCAUAGACGCCAUGAUUGACAUGAUGCAUGUAGAGAAGAGGCUGGAUGUCUUUGGGUUUGUGACCAGAAUACGGGAGCAGCGCUCUCAACUCGUCCAGACUGAUAUGCAGUACUCAUUCAUCUAUCAGGCUCUGUUGGAGUAUUAUCUGUAUGGUGACACAGAGCUGGAUGUGUCCUCUCUGGAAGGCCACCUGCAGAAGCUCCACAAUACCAGAGCACCCCUCGAAAGGCUGGGCCUAGAAGAAGAGUUCAGGAAACUGACCAAUGUACGCAUAAUGAAGGAGAACAUGAGGACCGGAAACCUUCCUGCCAACAUGAAGAAGAACCGUGUGCUUCAGAUCAUUCCAUAUGACUUCAACCGGGUUAUAUUGUCAAUGAAAAGGGGCCAAGAGUUCACGGACUACAUCAAUGCAUCAUUUAUUGAUGGCUACAGACAGAAGGACUACUUCAUCGCUACCCAAGGUCCUCUGUCCCACACGGUGGAGGACUUCUGGAGGAUGGUGUGGGAGUACAGGUGUCACUCUAUUGUCAUGCUCACUGAACUCAAGGAGAGGGAACAGGACAAAUGUUUCCAGUACUGGCCAGCAGAGGGCACUGCGACAUUUGGAGACUAUACUUUGGAGCUGAAGGGGGAUGCCCUAUGUGACACUUUCACUUUGAAGGACAUGGUGCUCACAUAUGGACCAGAAAAACAGUCAAGGCACGUCAGACACUUUCAUUUCCACGGCUGGCCUGAGAUCGGAAUACCGGCAGAGGAAAAGGGAAUGAUCGACAUCAUUGCUUCAGUGCAGAGACAGCAACAACAGUCUGGAAACCACCCUAUCAUAGUACAUUGCAGUGCUGGUGCGGGUCGGACUGGGACAUUCAUCGCCCUGAGUAAUAUUCUGGAGCGGGUGAAAGCCGAGGGCCUACUGGACGUGUUUCAGACAGUCAAGAGCUUACGCAUGAAGAGACCACACAUGGUUCAGACUGUGGAACAAUAUGACUUCUGCUACAGAGUGGUUCAAGAUUUUGUUGACAUUUUCUCAGACUAUGCCAAUUUCAAAUGACAAUAUCUGCUACAUAUACCCAUGUAUUUUUCCACCAGGCAUAUACCAUUUUGUUAGAUCGCUCUUUUAAGCUCUUUUUACGCUUUGCACUUAAACACAGUACUUAAACUUAUUGUACCAUAUUGUAAUAUAUUUGUUUGUGUCUCUGUCUGUUUUUUUGUUUGCUCGUUCAAAACAGCCCAAAAGGAAAUUGAAUAUUAUGUCUAUUUAGUCAUGGACUUUUCAACUAGCUUUGUGUCCUCAGUAUUUGGAUGUCAAACGUUUUGAAUUGAAAACCUAAGACCGUUCGAUCAAAAACAGGAAUGAAGGGUUUAUUAUGUUAACAUUAUGUAUAUACACUGAGUGUAUAAAACAUUAAGGACAGGUUCCUGAUAUUGAGUUGCACCUGGUCAGUCUAUGUCAUGAAAAGAGCAGUUGUCCUUAAUGUUUUGUACACUCAGUGUAUAUUAAUUAACUUAUGCAUAUAAUCUUUAUCUAUUUAUAUAAUGUAGAUUUAAUGUACAUUUUGAUUAUGUUAAAAGCAUUACCACGAGAUUGCCUUUCGUUGCCUGUGGUCUGUACCAUAGCCAUGGCACAUACUGUGGAAGUCCACAGAUUUGACAAAAAAAACUGCUGUUGUAAAGAUACACAACCUGCCAUAAGYGUUUGUCAUUGUGUUACUGACCUUACAAGUGACUUAAAGUGCCAUUUAAUAUUUGCUGUGUAUGAUGUUCUUUUUAUAUCAACAGUAUAGUUUUUUUUCU